GCAUACAUUAUGGUGACUGAUAAGGACCUCUUUAAUAAUAAUAGUCUUACCAACGUGGGAAAGCUAAAGAAAAUGGCAAAAAAUUGCUGAGAAUGAACAAAAGUCGGAGAAGCAGCGGACGAGUCUAUACCAGACUUGUCUGUCUAGACUGCAGUCUUGAUCGAAUGGCCAGGCCAGCUCGAGCGCCCAGGCCCAGGGGCAAGGUAAAUAAAAGCAUGUCCAGAGAAAAGAGCAACACGGAAUCAAUUACGAAAGUAACAGCGGACGAACCACAACCAACCAAGAAACUAGGAUACACGGCCCUCAUGAUCAAGGAAGAAGACUUUGAAGGCUUGGCAGAAGAUGGUCAUUCCAAACAUCUACCGGUGUCUCAAAAGCUGACAUUGUUGGAAGAACCAGAAGUGGACAUUUAUUCUGUUGUAGCGAAUGAAAAAAACUUGGGAGAUGGCGGGCCUGAUAGCGAGUCUCAAGGGACAUAUGAAGAGCUUCUACUGAGGCAUGAGCACCAUGCAGGUUCCAUUACGAGAAAAGACAAAGACGGUGAUUGCGCAGAGGAAGAUGGUGCCAUAGAGAUGAAUUUACAACUAUCAGAUCAAGUACACGUAAACGAUGGCUGUAGUAAGGAAGACGGUGGCAAGGAGAUUCAUGCAUCACAACUGGGUGAAGUGAAUUACCUGACCUUAACGGGCUAUGUAAAGGAAGAACCUUUGGAUAGUGACUCCAUGGAAGGUGUACUUAAUGGUGCCAACUGGGGGAUGAUAAAGCCACAGCCAUUAGGUGAAGAAGGUGUGAGACAGCCUCUGCUACCGGUAAUUUCGGAUAGUCGAGUACAACAGCUUGAUGACAAUUUAUCUUCACAAGCGGAGCGGGGAACUCCUCUGGAUUCAUCCGAAAGUGACAGUUCUACAAGUAAGUGUGGCCCUUGUAACUAUGCCAACGAUUCUGGUAAAAAACAAAGUGUCGCUGAAAGAGAGACAUUGGACCAGGGGCUUUCACAUCAUGUUUACGGACAGAUGGAUACAGAAAGAACAAAAGAAUGUGACGAGAAGUGUGAAGAGACUUUAAUUGAAGGCAUUGGACAAUCUUCCCAGUUUGGAGGAACAGAGGAAAAUCUUGCCAAGCCCCUGUUUACCCUCGUUGCAGGAGAGCCGUACAUCAGCCAGUGUCGAAUUUUGUAACAAAGAAUUUUCCAAUGUAUUGGACGUUGAGUCACACACUUGUCUCAUGAGACCCACACGAGAAAUGAUUUUUAAAUGUUCUUUGUGUAACAAGAAAUUUACCCAAAGUACUCAUCUUUUGAGACACGCGACUGACGCGAGAAACCACAAAGGAAUGAAGUCGUUGUACCAGUGUAGUCUCUGUAACCAAAGAUUUUUCUAUUUGAGCUCUCUAUUGAAACAUGUGAAACUUCACUCCCAAAGAUAUCCUUGUCUUGUAUGUGAUUUAAGAUUUUCCUCUGAGAAGCGUUUGUCGAUGCAUAGUUGGUCCCACAGAAAAGAUGAACCCUGUGAGUGUGCUGUUUGCAAGAAAACAUUCCCCGAUGCGAUGAGUCUGGCAUACCACACAAGAACCCAUGUAGGAAGAAAUCCAUACCAGUAUUCAGCUUGCGAUUUAAGAUUUUCUGAUGAGAAAAGGCCAACUAGAGCUACUCGAUACGAGAGAAAUCGGACAGGAAAAAAUCUUUUUGAGUGCCAUAUUUGCAACAAAAUAUAUCUGUAUGAGAGGGCGUUGACAUCACAUAUGGAAACUCAUACCAUUAAAAAACUUCUGUGUUCGAGUUGUGGCGAAUUGUUUCACGACAACUUUGAUUUGUCAUUGCAUAUGAGAAGUUCCCACACAGGGGAAAAGCCCUAUCAAUGUUCUGUUUGUAGUGAAAGAUUUUCCAAGGCAAAUAGUCUUUUAAUCCACAUGAAAAGCCACCCAGCAGAAAACCCUACCAAUGUUUGGUUUGUACCGUAACAGGGUGUGGUUUGUAUCGCAACAGGGUGUGGUUUGUACCGCAACAGGGUGUGGUUUGUACCGCAACAGGGUGUGGUUUGUACCGCAACAGGGUGUGGUUUGUACCGUUACAGGGUGGGGUUUGUACCGCAACAGGGUGUGGUUCGUACCGCAACAGGGUGUGGUUCGUACCGCAACAGGGUGUGGUUUGUACCGCAACAGGGUGUGGUUUGUACCGUUACAGGGUGGGGUUUGUACCGCAACAGGGUGGGGU